CUUAUCACGACUCCCCCAGACCCUACAACACACCAUGCCUGUUCCUUGGGAGGCCCUUAUUCCGUGUGGCCUUUUGGUCGCCAUGUUCGGUGUUACCGGAAACCUUUUCUCAGCCGCCAAGUUCUUGACCAACGAUGGCAAGGCCCCCCGAUACAACAUUGACACUUGGGAGUCUAUGAUGAUGGAGCGUGACAGAAGAUUAACAGGGUCCUUAAGAGGACAAUCGACCGAACCCAUCGCCCCCAAGGCUUUCGCUACAAACUCUAUCUGGGAGACGGAGAGGAUUCACUAAAGGUGGAUGGGCAGUUUACGAGCAUGGAUUUCUUUCUCUAUUCCGGACGUCGGAAAGACUCAAUCAAGUAUGC